AUGUCCGGUGCCAGGAAUAUUUCAGUCGCUCUGCGAAGGGCUCGUGUGCCCAAGCCUCGCUGCUUGUUCCGCCCUGUCGCUGCGGUCCAGACUCCCUCCUUCGCCGCCACACGCACCUUCACUGUUACCGCCAGCGCCAAUGCGACCAAGGAGAUUCAGUACACCACCAAUGCUUAUCCCAACCUCAAGCGUGACCCGAAGUUCGCCGAAAUCUCUGCCGACGAUGUCAAAUUCUUCAAGGAGUUGCUGGGCGCACAGUCCGCCGUGAUCGAUGGAGUGACCGCCGACAACGCUGAUGAUAUCGAACCCUUCAACAGCGACUGGAUGCGCAAGUACCGUGGCCAGACCAAGUUGGUCCUGAAGCCCCAGACCACCGAGGAGGUUAGCAAGGUGCUACAAUACUGUAAUGAGAAGAAGUUGGCUGUUGUGCCCCAGGGAGGCAACACGGGAUUAGUCGGAGGCUCCGUGCCCGUCUUCGACGAGAUCGUCAUCAACCUUUCCCGCAUGAACCAGAUCCACUCCUUCGAUGAAGCGUCCGGAGUCUUGGUGGUUGACUCUGGUGUUAUCCUGGAGGUAGCUGACCAGUACUUGGCCGAGCGGAACCACCUUUUCCCGCUGGACCUGGGUGCUAAGGGCUCAUGCCAUGUCGGCGGUAACGUUGCCACCAACGCCGGUGGUCUGCGUCUGCUCCGCUAUGGCAGUCUCCACGGUACUGUGCUUGGUGUUGAAGCGGUGCUGGCAGAUGGAACCGUCGUGGAUGCUAUGUCGACCCUGCGCAAGAACAACACUGGCUAUGACUUGAAGCAACUGUUUAUUGGCGCCGAAGGUACCAUUGGCAUUAUUACGAAGGUCUCUAUUCAAUGUCCUUCUCGCCCCAAGGCCGUUAACGUCGCGUAUUUCGGAGUGGAGAGCUAUGACCAGGUCCGCAAGGCUUACCAGGAGGCCAAGGGACACCUGUCCGAAAUCCUUUCCGCUUUCGAGUUGAUGGAUGGGCGCACUCAGAAGCUGGUUCACGAGUCGACUGGCAACAACUAUCCCCUCGAAACCGAGUAUCCUUUCUACUGUCUGGUGGAGACCAGUGGUUCUAACGCUGAGCAUGAUAUGGCUAAGCUGGAGACCUUCUUGGAACACGUCAUGGGUGAGGGCAUUGUCGCGGAUGGUGUUUUGGCUCAGGAUGAGACUCAAUUCCACUCGAUCUGGCGGUGGAGAGAGGGUAUUACGGAGGCCUUGAGCCACUUGGGCGGGACCUACAAGUAUGACGUCUCCAUUCCUCUGCCCGAGCUGUACCAGCUGGUUGAGGACUGCAAGGAGCGUUUGACGAAGCUUGGCUUCGUGGGAGAUGACGAUUCCUUCCCUGUUCGGGCCGUUGUCGGCUAUGGUCACAUGGGUGAUUCCAACCUGCACUUGAACAUUUCUGUGCGGCAGUACAACAAGGAAGUCGAGAAGGCCAUCGAGCCUUGGGUGUAUGAGUGGAUCCAGCAGCGCAAAGGUAGCAUCAGCGCAGAACACGGCCUGGGUCUGGCCAAGAAGGAAUUCAUCGGAUACAGCCAGAAUGAGACGAUGGUGAAGUUGAUGAAGCAGUUGAAGAACUUGUAUGACCCGUCGAGGUAUCGAUCCUAUCGAAGCACUCGCUAUCUUCCCACUUCUUUCCCCCUCAUUUCUCUAUCCUCUAUCUACAGGGCCAGGUUCCACUCGUCCUUGCUCCAGCUCCAGCUCCAGCUCCAGCUCCAUCCCUACGGCUUGCACGCGACAAAAAUGGAGGACGAUAUGGCAAGUCACUACCAGAUGAUGGAAGAGCUGGGCAGUGGUAGCUUUGGAACGGUAUACAAAGCCAUUGACAAGGCUACGGGCGAGAUCGUAGCGAUCAAGCAUAUCGAUCUCGAGUCCAGCGAAGAUGAUAUUCAGGAAAUCCAGCAGGAGAUCUCGGUUCUUGCCACCUGCGCCAGUCCAUUCGUCACGCAAUACAAGGCUAGUUUUCUUCGAGGACAUAAGUUGUGGAUUGUCAUGGAAUUCCUCGGUGGAGGAUCGUGUCUGGACCUGCUCAAACCCGGAGUCUUCAACGAAGCACACGUCGCCAUUAUUUGCCAACAACUGCUACUCGGACUCGACUACCUGCACAGCGAAGGCAAGAUUCACCGCGACAUCAAAGCCGCCAAUGUACUUCUGUCGCACACGGGCAAAGUGAAGCUAGCGGAUUUCGGGGUUGCCGCGCAAUUGAUCAACAUCAAAUCCCAGCGCAACACAUUUGUCGGAACACCAUUCUGGAUGGCCCCGGAAGUCAUUCAACAGUCUGGGUAUGAUUAUAAGGCGGACAUCUGGUCGCUCGGAAUUACUGCAAUCGAAAUGAUAAACGGCGAGCCACCCCAUGCGAGCACCCACCCCAUGAAGGUGCUCUUCCUUAUUCCCAAAGAACCCGCCCCGCGCCUACAGGGAGAUCAGUACAGCAGUACAUUCAAGGACUUCAUCACACAGUGUUUGACCAAAGAUCCCGAUCGGCGACCGAGCGCGAAGGAGCUUCUACGGCACAAAUUCAUUCGCAAUGCGGGAAAGACGGAGGCACUACAAGAGUUGAUUCAUCGCAAGCAGGAUUUCGAUGCUGGACGAGGAGUGACCCACAAGAUUAAGUAUUAUGCGGAGUCGCUGAAUACUAUUCGGAACCUGAACGACGACGAUGGGUGGAUUUUCGACACGGUGAAAGCUUCUACAACGACUAUACGUGAAGUCGAAGACGACGAGGAGAAUGAGCCCGAGCCCGAGCCACAGGAAGACUGGGUUUUCGACGAAACCGCCGACAUGAUGGACGAUCUUUAUGUGUCCAGCCCUCCGUCAAAGCAUGCGACCAACACCGCAGUACGACGAACUCAAGCUCCCGACCACAGCCCAUCAAUUCGACGGGCCAAGCGACGGUCGAGUGGAGUGAAGCAGCCUCUCGGAGUGGAUAUGAGUUUCGGCAACAGCCCAUCGACGGUGCGGCAGUUCCGUCGGGUGUCGGACAACAAGAGCCCCAGCGACGCAUCUUACCCGCCGCAGUACCUUUUCGGAGGGGAUGAAAAUGCUAGUCCGAAGACGCUAUUCUCCGAGCCGAACAGCAAGGAAGCACAACUGGGGCGUCGGGCGUACAGCAAGGCGGUCGGGCUCGCCUGCCAGGAAGUGUUGGGGACCACGGGCGACCAAGAGAAGCGGGAAGCGAUUUCACGGCUGGCGGAGGCCUGGAGUGAUCUGGAGAUGGUCGAUCCCGAGGGACUCUAUCAUAUCCUCCGAGCGACGACGGAGAAGCUACAGAGUGACCCGAAGCUGGCCAGUCUCGUCCCACCCGCAGCUCCACCGGGCGAUUCCCCACAGAGGCCGCGACUGGUUUUGGCGCAGAGCAACCCACACCUCAAAUCCCACCGGCGCCGCCAGAGCGCCGCCGUGGCCGAGCCUAGCCUUCAACCCACCCAGCUCGCAAACCUCCCCGGGCAACAGGUGCCGGGGAUGGAACACACCAAGCAGUUGUCAGACGUGCUCUAUCAGCGUUGGUCCGAAGGCCUGCGCAACCGAUGGCCCGGAAUCUAG